UCCCACUCUCUCUCUCCAUCUCUCUCGAAAUCAUGCACUAGGUUUUAACAUUACAAAGGCGUUUUGUUUUCUUUCCAUUGUUUUUCUGUCUUUCUUUCCUACACACUUGACCUGCAUCUCAUGUCGGGGUGCUUCUGUACCUGGGGACGCCCGUAUCGUAUCAAUCUUCACCAAAUAGGAAAAAAGAUCUCCAAUUUCUGCUGAUACUGCAACGUCAACAAACGGCUAGAGUUCGCUUAUUGACCCUUAAUGUAUUCAGCCUUCCCAAUCGCACCAUCAUCAUUUCUCCUGCUGUAUAAGGACAUUAUGCUACAAUAGUGCAGCUGGUCUGCAGUGAAUAGAUCCUCUGGAUUUGUUUGUUUUAUUUAUUUCUUCUCGCUCAAUAUGCUUUCCUAUGGCUUGGAUAGAGACACAAACCUACUGGAUUUUUUUUUCAGUAUUACGAAGGAUUGGGCGCACCGACCAACGUUAGAAACUAAAGACAUGUAAAUUCCGUCGAUGUAUACUUACACAAUAUAGUCUAUUAAUAUUUCAGUAGACCUCAUAGACAACGGACUGUAAGGUGAUAGCCAUAUAAAAACAGCGCUCGGAGGGUAAAGUUCUAGCUUUGGAUUUUGGUGCUCGCCGAGUGGACACAUUCCUCCACAGACUGACCGCAGCAUCCAGCUACUGUACUGCUUGCGCUUUGGCCACCCUAGGUCGACAGCAUAAAAAAAGAAGCAGUGGAAAUUGCUGAGCCGGCAAACAUAUCUUCUCUUCGAUCCAUUUUUUUCCUCAAACUGUGUGACAGCAGCAGCAGUAAAGUGAUGGUCGAGUCAGGGAGAAACGCUGGGGCACCGCAAUAGCAAAACAAACUAGCCUUGAACCAGGGUGGAUUGGGUGGAUAAAAACAAAAAACAACAAAAAAAAAAAAUCAAAACAAAACAAAAACUGGAAUACAUAAAACCCUAUUUAGCUCAGCUAAACUAAAUUCUCAGCUUCUGCAGUGUUACCAAUUCAACAACAGAGAUGACCGUGGUAGCAGGUGAUAACAUGGAUGAGACUUCAGCCUUGCCCGGGCACCCUCAAGACAGCUAUCACCAUCCUGAUCUCGAUGACCACGAGUGCUGCGAGAGAGUGGUCAUCAACAUAGCCGGGCUGCGUUUUGAAACUCAGCUUAAGACUCUAGCCCAGUUCCCCAACACGUUACUAGGCAACCCCAAGAAAAGGAUGCAGUACUUUGAUCCCCUGAGAAAUGAGUAUUUCUUUGACAGAAACCGUCCUAGUUUCGACGCCAUCCUCUACUAUUACCAAUCGGGAGGACGACUGAGAAGACCUGUGAAUCUACCUUUGGAUAUGUUUACUGAAGAGAUCAAGUUUUACGAGCUUGGUGAAGAAGCAAUGGAAAAAUUUCGCGAGGAUGAGGGUUUUGUCAAAGAGGAAGAGCGCCCUUUGCCGGAGAAAGAAUUCCAACGCCAAGUCUGGCUUUUGUUUGAACACCCUGAAAGCUCAGGUCCAGCCAGGGGAAUCGCUAUAGUAUCUGUUAUGGUAAUUCUGAUUUCAAUCGUCAUAUUCUGUUUGGAAACCCUACCUGAACUAAAAGAAGACCCUGCGGGUAGGAUACACACUGUGGGGAAUAUGACCUACUAUUACAAACCAAAUAUCUUUACUGACCCUUUCUUCAUCGUGGAGACGCUCUGCAUAAUCUGGUUCUCUUUUGAGUUGAUUGUCAGGUUUUUCGCUUGCCCCAGCAAAGCGGAAUUCUUUAAGGACAUUAUGAACUUCAUUGACAUUGUGGCCAUUAUCCCCUAUUUCAUCACGCUGGGCACAGAACUGGCAGAAGAAGAGGAUGGUAAAGAACAGAAGGGAGAGCAGGCGACAUCACUGGCCAUUCUCAGGGUCAUUCGUCUGGUCAGGGUUUUCCGAAUCUUUAAGCUGUCCAGACACUCCAAGGGGCUGCAGAUUUUGGGACAGACCCUCAAAGCCAGUAUGCGUGAACUGGGGCUGUUGAUUUUCUUCCUUUUCAUUGGUGUUAUUCUGUUCUCCAGCGCAGUGUACUUUGCUGAAGCCGAAGAGAAAGAGUCUUACUUUUCCAGUAUUCCAGAAGCGUUCUGGUGGGCUGUGGUUUCCAUGACCACUGUUGGCUAUGGGGACAUGUACCCAGUAACAAUUGGGGGUAAAAUUGUGGGAUCAUUGUGUGCCAUUGCUGGAGUGUUGACGAUUGCUUUACCUGUACCUGUGAUCGUAUCCAACUUUAAUUACUUCUACCACAGAGAGACUGAAGGGGUAGAGCAGGCUCAGUUACUGCGUGUAAGUACCCCCAACUUAGCUUCUGACAGUAAUUCAAGUCGUCGCAGUUCAUCCGCCAUCAGCAAGUCUGAGUAUAUGGAAAUUGAGGAGGACAUGAACAACAGUAUAGACAAUUUAAGAGAUGCAAACCUCAGAACUGGCAACUGCACUGUAGCCAACCAAAACUGUGUUAAUAAAAACAAGCUGCUGACUGAUGUUUAACAAAACAAACAAAAAAAACCCACUCGCAGCUGGGGAGUCAAGUGACAUUGUCGCUCUUUGUAGAUAUUGUACUCAUCUUUGAAUGCUUCAUUUACCUCGUAAAUGCAUUGUUGCAUUGCGAUUGUUAUGGUCAGCGAUUAAAAAAAAACACACAAAAAACCCCCAAAAAUUAAAACAAACAAAAAACAAGCUUUCAGGAUACGUGAAAGAUUAAUAUUUACAUUUAUUUUUAAAUGGGAUUCUUCAAGUAAACAAAAGAGACAUCAUUUAACUAGGGUUAUUAUAAGAUGUUGUACAACCCUAACAGGGACUUCCAUUUAUUUGCUUGACAAACGUGGUUAUCAUUUUUUUUAAAGAAAAAAAAGUUAUGCAUGGAUUACAGUAUAUUUCAGCAAAGUUGCACAGUGCAUCCAAGAACGUGCAUCAUAAUUUUCAGUUCUGCUGGAACAUGCAAGCAUCUGCAGUUAUCGAUCUACUAAGUAUUCCCCUGUGAUAAGUGACGUAAUUAUUUGAGAUCUACAGACCAGCAAAGCACCUUAUUAUAAAAAAAAAACCUGACCGGUCUCUUGCUGCAGAUUUAUGAUGUAAGAACUACCCGUCUUCAACUCAAGACAUCUGCAAUGCUGCUAUUUUUCUGCGGAUGCUGUAACUCAAAUCAUACACAAUGGGUAGUACUAUAUGGUGCCUGUUUAGAUGCAAGGCAGCACUAUGGAAAUAGUUAAAUAAAAGCAUGUUCUGAUAGUCUUCAUUUUAAUAUUGGCAUGCGUGAAACAUUACCUCAUAGAAUGGGAAAUAGGUUUUCGUUUGUUCCCAACUUUUCUCAGUUUAUUUUAUUUUUAUUUUUUUUAUUAUUUCUCAUUUGCGUUCACCAAAAGUGCACUGGUUAUUUAUUAUUUAAGUUAUUAAUAAUUUAAAGUAUUUAAGUACUGAAUAUUAAAUCUUAUGAGAACAGCAACUUUUGGAGAUCAUAGCAUGUUAAAAUAUUCAGCAUUGUGUCCUAUUGACUAAGGUACUGUGUAUCUCAGUAUAUGUAAUGCAUGACAUCAGUAUUAAACCGUUUGUUGUAACAGAAGGACUUUUGACAGAUCUGAUUGGUUUCCUGCCUAGUUUCAGGGAAAAUGAAUAGGUUUAUCCUGAUUUUGCCUGAACUGUGACUGAACAUAACCAAUUUCCUUUAAGGGAUUACAGACUUUAAAAAUGAAUAUUAUCAAGAUAUAACUAUAGUUAGCACUAUCUGGUGAAAAGAAAAAAAAAACUUUCCAGUGGUGCGGUGCAUGAGCAGUCUCAGAAUGUGCAAAGUUAAAACUAUUACUUAAGUGAUGCAUCCACAUUGCAACUGGUUUUACCUUUUUUAUUGUUGAAGAUAUGAAGAUUUGAGUUUUCCCAAUGAUUAUUUCUGAAAAUCAGCAAAAUGAUUUUAGUUAGUUGCUAGUGCCUUUGACCCACUCGUCCACUGGAUCGUUGAAAGUGCCUCCAUGUACAAAAGUUAAACUGGUGCAGUUUUCUUUGCCGUGAUGCACUACAGUAUGUAUCACCAUUCUGUUGUUGUACGUUUACUUAACGGUUCUGAAAGCACACACCAAAGCUCGUCUUGGAAUCUUCAAGUAGGCUUAGAAAAACGAAGCAGCCAUGAAGCUGGAUUACAAAAACACCCCAGCCUGGACAGUAAAUGGUUUGAUACUGGACAUAUGGAAAAACCAAUAAGAAAUAUUUAGCUCGUUGCAUAGUCCGCCAGCACACAUUCCCACUAUACCAUGUAAAUACCAGUCACUAAAAUGCAGUGAAGAACGUGUUCCUUUUUUCAUGGCCCACCAUUUUCAUUUGCAUUCUACCAUAACGAGCCUUUGGUUCUCUACCUCAGCACAGGAAAUGAAAAUGAAAAAAAGUGGUCAAGUGGUGCAAUUGAUCCCAGGUGGUAUACUGCAAAGAUAUCCACGUUGUUGUCCUGGUUCUAGUUUUUGUUUUUUUUAAAUCGAGUCCUUGGAUUAUCCAAAACUUUAGAUAUAAGGAAGGCACUUAAACCAACAAACAAGCAUUCAUAUUCCCACAGCGAUGCACAAACAAGAGCUGAGAGUUUUAUAGAAUGACUUGAUUCAAAGUUGUGACUGUGUGGACUUUUGACCCUGCUGAUUUAAGACGAUUUGACAUGGAGCGAGGAACCUUUUGACUGCUUAAAAAUACUGCAUAGGAGGCAACAGGGCAUUAACUUCAUCAUUUAGAAAUGAUAUAACGAUCCAUACCCUGGUUAUUCCCGACCUGUCCAUGUCAGAAAACACAUUUUGAAGUAGGAGCAAAAAAGAAAUUUCCCGUUAGUGACUUGAAUGCUGCACUCCAUACAAUCAGCAAUAACUGAUCUGAUGCUGUGGGACUGAUUUGACAAAUAUAGGUAUAUCCUCUGGCAAUUAUGUUCACUUUGGCAACUAGAUUCAUUAAGUUCUUGGGUAAUUGCACAUUAAGUUAGCCAAUGGACUGGUUAUUCUGCAUGUGGAUAAGAAGAGAGCUGCAUGCAGUGUUUUGGCUUGGAGUUUGCUGAAACCAGAGUGGGGAUAGUUUUGGAACACAGAAUGUUGUAACAUAUUUAUAUACAAUCUUUACAGUGGGUUAUGAGACACUGGGUACAUUGAAUAAUUCUAUUAAUACUAAUAAUCUGGUGUAGUAUAGGCAUGUGGUUCUGGUCAGUCUGUUUUGCAAAAGAUGUGGCCGAUUGCACUACCUGCGCUAAAAUGUCUUGGUAUCCCUGAAGAAGCACUUGAACGUUGUGUGCACAACUUUUAGAAAUAAUGCAAUUUAGUGUCCUGUACUGCUUUUUAAAACUCCUGCAAUCACAUAGUCUCAUCAUCCGAAAUAAAAGCUUUCUCUGCUGCAACCAGCACUAAAAUGUCUUUUUUUAAAGAACUGUAAACACUUACUUAUAUAUGAAU